ACACAAAGCCAUCUAGGGGAGCUCUUUCUCACUGUAAUCAGCAAUCGGCGGCACAAAACCACCACAAAGUGACAAAAAAAAUGAAUGUGGAACAUGAAGUUACACUGCUCGUUGAUGAGAUUCGUCGAUUGGGCAGUAAAAAUGCAGAUGGGAAGAUCAGCGUCAAAUUUGGAGUCUUGUUUAAUGAUGACCAGUGCGCCAACCUCUUUGAAGCUCUGGUCGGAACACUGAAAGCGGCCAAGCGAAAGAAGGUCAUCGCGUUCGAAGGGGAGCUCUUACUGCAAGGAGUACAUGACAACGUUGAUGUCAUAUUACUGCAGGACUGAAUUAAACAGUCUUCUCUAAACUCAAGUAAAAGGUGCAAAUGUGUUUUAGACAUGUCACUGCUACAUUUUGAUAUGGAAAUAUACUCCAGAAUGUAACAUUUUUGUAUAUUGGGUUGGAAUAUUUUUAUACAGCAACUUUUCUCUCAGGGGAAUGAUCGGCACAAAGUUUUUGUAAAGUAGCAAUCUUCCCUGUUCAAACACCUCAACAGCCAUAUCAUUAAAAUAGCAUAACCUUUAUAGUGUGCAUGAUCAUGUAACUGGUUUUCUGGGACUGAAUGAACCUAUUUGAAAUUAAUAUCCAUGCAGGUUAAUAUCAAUUUGAUAGAUUAUACCUCUGAUGUCUUAUUCUGACUGUAUUGAUUGUAGGAUGCAUAAUGGUUGUCUACGGUAAUCAUGAGGUUGUUUCUUUGCAGAAUCAUUACUGUGACAUUAAAGUUAUAUGUGCCAUUUAAUCUCAAAUGCUGAGAAACAGAAAUUAGUAAAUAGCAUGUAUCUGCUUUAUGAUUUUCUGGAAUUAAAUGUAAAAAAAAACAAGUUCAACAAAUCAUCAACUGUUCAGUGUGAUAUUGUUUUAUAAAGCUCUUGCAAAAAGA